AUGGCUCCAGCGCGCUACAAUGGCAAGCGGGACAAAUACGAUGAGGACCUCGAGCUGUACAAGGACGACGACGGCGAGCCGAUGACGAUGGGCAAGCUUGUGGCGAUGAUUGCCCAGCACAUGCUCGCGAGUCCCGGGGGGAAGAGCGCCGUGAAGGUCGACUCGGUGACGUGGGAGUGCCUGCUGAAAAAGACGAACGAAAAGCUGCGCCGAUCAUGUGGAUACACGAUCGUGCAAAAAGACGGCACGCUCUACCUCACGAACAUCCUCCCCGGUCUGCCGAACGUCGUGGAUCUCGCGGAAAUGGCCGAUGCGCAAAAGGGCUUUCGCUUCAUCGUGCUCGUGUUUCUGAUGAUGGAACGGCCGCCAUCGCUCGCCAAGGAAUUCGGGAAAGUGCCGUCGGAGCGGAUGUGGAAAUUCUUUGAGACGCUCGGCUACUCGAACACGGAGCCCGACGAGGUGCUCGGCGACAUCAAGAUGCUGAUCAACACCAUGAUAAACGAGGGCCUCCUAGCCGUCAGCGCAAAACAAAGCGGACCGGCGCCGGGCGACGACAUCUUGUACGAGUGGGGCCCGGUGGCGGUGAAGACUAUCAGCCCGCAGAUGGUCUUCGACGCGUUCCUGAAGAUCCACGACACGAAUGCCGCCCAAUGGCAACAACACGCCGAGAAAGUGGCCGAUUGGCAGUUUCGGUUUGCAAAAGAAUACAAGAAGCACAGCUACUACGACCGGAAACGCGCGAAGCCCGACGUGCCCGGGGGACGAGGGCGAGAGCUGAAGACGCAGCAACUGCGGCCGCCGACGUUUGCAGCUGGGAUGCGUGCAAUCCAUUGGCCACCGACCAAUCCCUUCCUAAAUGUCCACCUCGUCACGCACACCCACGAUGAUCUGGGCUGGUUGAUGACGGUCGAUCAAUAUUAUGACCGGGAGGUGCAAAAGAUCUACGACACCGUAAUCACCGAGGUGGAAAAGGACAAGAGCAGAAAGUGGGUGCUUCACCCGGACAAAACUCGUUUUGUAGGCCAAAUCGAGCUGAUCGGCGGCGGAUGGGUGCAAAAUGAUGAAGCCGCCGCACACUAUGUGGAUAUUAUCGAUCAGAUGACGUUAGGACUCGAGCAUCUAAAGGUGUUAUUCGGACCGAACUGCAGCCAGCCGAAAGCCGCGUGGCAGAUCGACCCGUUUGGUCACAGCCGUGAAUUCGCUAAUUUGGCUGCACAGAUGGGCUACGAGUCGCUGUAUUUCGGGCGUAUCCACUCGUCGACCGCUCCCCUCCGCCAUUCCACGAAAAACAACGAGUUCAACUGGAUUGGGUCCGAUGAGCAGAAGACCUCGCUGCUGACGGGGGCGCUUUAUUGGGAUUACUCGCCGCCGAGUGGCUUCUGCUUUGACAGCGGCUGUAAUGACGAGGAGAUUCAGGACGACCCGAACCAACCAGGCUACAACGUCGUCCGCCGCGCCCAGCAAUUUCUCAGCUACGUCACUGAACAGGCCAGUCACUACAAGACGAAGAACGUCAUCCUCACCAUGGGAAUGGACUUUAACUAUCAGAUGGCCGAGAAGUGGUACAGGAAUCUCGACAAAUUGAUCAAGUAUUUUAAUGCUAAUCCGUCGAUGGGACUGAACCUGCUCUACUCUACGCCGGCAUGCUACACAAAAGCCGUCCAGAAAGCGCAGCCCGUGCUCACCACCAAAAGCGACGACUUCUUCCCCUACGCCUCGGCUCAGAACAGUUACUGGACUGGGCGAAAUUUGGCAGAAUUUAACCUCGGUAAGCAGCUAUCGGCUCACUUCCUGCUUGGUGAUGACGCGGCGCUGGAGACGGCCAAACGGGCCAGCGGACUGGUUCAGCAUCACGAUGCUGUUACGGGAACAGCCAAACAAGUCGUCACUUAUGAUUAUCAGCAACGACUUCACAAGGGAAUGAUCCAGUUGGAGUCCGCCACGCAACAAACCACAGCCCCGAAGCACCAGCUGUGCCUUGAGGCCAACGAGACGACUUGCGCAGCCAUUUUCAACAAGGCCUCGUACGUGGCUACCGUAUUCAACCCGCUGGGCCAGGCCUCGAAUACGGUAGUCGAGAUCCCCUCCUAUGCAACCCAGGCCACCGUAUACGACUACGCAGGGCAACCCAUUACGGGCGCGCAGCUGGUAGUCGCGGCGUCUAGCCAGGCAAAUGCGGCUGAUGGGGCACCGUAUACACUCUACGUACCGCUACAAGUAGAUCCGCUCGGAUUCCGAUCGAUUUAUGUGGACACGAUGGCAAAAAAGGGCGCGCUCACCGUCCAGAAGCCAGAAACGCCGCUUCGCGACGCGACGUCGACCUUGGAAAAUAGCUUAAUCCGACUGGAAUUCAAUGUAGAUGGCUCAUUGGAGGCCGUCGUCGACAAGACCACCGGCAAUCGACAGCUUCUCAAGCAGCAAUUUUACUUUUAUGAGAGCGCAGGCCUCGGAAGUCAGCCAUCUGGUGCCUACAUUUUCCGCCCGUCCAAACAAAUGCCAGAGAUCAUCUCCGAAUCGAUUCAGCUGGAACUUAUUAGGGGCCCAACCGUAUUCGAAGCCCGGCAAAAAGUGACGGAUUGGGUCUCCCAAACGAUCCGCCUCCACGAAAAUCAAACGUUCAUCGAAUUCGACUGGGUCGUCGGCCCGAUACCGUAUGAAAAACUAAUCCCAACCGGAAAAGAGGUGAUCUCACGCUACUCGACAAAUAUUGCGUCGGCCGGCAUUUUCUACACGGACUCCAACGGUCGCCAGGUUCUCAAGAGAACCCGCAACUCGUACCCGACAUUCCCGUUCAACAACACGGAACCCGUUGCCGGUAAUUAUUAUCCGGUCACCAAUCGACUUUUCCUCAAGGACGCCUCGACGCAGCUCACCGUACUCCCCGAUCGAGCACAGGCCGCCUCCAGUCUCGCCGAUGGAUCCCUGGAAUUGAUGCUCCACCGUCGCUGCUUCUUCGACGACCACUUCGGCGUGGAUGAGGCGCUGAAUGAACCCGGCAAGGAUGGGCGUGGCUUGGUUGUCAGGGGAAAGCAUACGGUAUUGCUGCAGGAUGUCAAGACAGCCGCUUCUACGCACCGUCCACUGGCCGUCGGCGUAUUCAACAAGCCGGUGCCAAUGUUCGCCGAUGUCCAGGAUUAUCCCACUUACCGCAAGAACUACCUCACCAGGUUUGCCGGCCUGAUCAAGGAGCUGCCGGCUAGCAUUAAUGUGCUCUCACUCGAGCAGAGGAGCCAGAAUACCGUACUCCUCCGGCUUGAGCACAUUUUCCAAGCAAAUGAAGAUGCCACGCUCUCCAGUCCGGUCACCAUCGACUUGAAGAAGCUGUUCGCCAGACUUACCGUAACCGCCGUCCAAGAACUGUCACUCGGCGCCAAUCGGAAUGGCCCCGGCACUGAUUCCACCAUCACGCUGAAGCCCCAACAGAUCGGAACCUAUUUGCUGACCGUGCAGGGACGA